AUGCACCAUGGCUCGCCGUCUUGCUCAGAUGCUGUAAUCGACCCAGUUGCCCUCUUCAUCAAUCGCUCUGCGGGGUUCAUCGCUGCACGCAUCAAGCCCUUGACAUCCAAUCCCUCAUAUUCCACUCCCUCCGAAGACGACCCCAAGCGCACCGGGGCAGGCAUCGCGCGACAAUAUCUAGACUCGUACGGCCUCCAGACGUACGUUGCUCUGUCACCCCGGGGUUUACUACGCCUGAGCCCUGACACGGGCAACUUUCCACCUGGGUGGCUCAUGAACCUAUCGCUGGCUGCUCGACGCCGAUCAAGCGCGAGAGACAAAGGCACAGAGCAGGUUCCGGCACGACGAGGGCACGUUUGCCCCGUUCUUCCGCCGGUUCGUGAACGUGGUCGGGUGGGCGCAUGUCGUCGUUCGUCUGUGGGCGAGAGCUUCGCGUCAGCAGCGGUGAAGGAGUACGGCGCACUCAUCGCGCAGCAAGGGAGGGAGGUGCGGAGCACGCUAGAGGAGCAGAAGGGCGUGUCAUACAGCUACGGAUUCAUGAUUCGGCGGCGGUUCGGAGGAUGCGCACUCACGGGAUACGUCCCCGUCGCCAACAAGCCCGCCGCUCUCCUUAUCAACCACUGCGUGAAGCGCUGCGCAUUAAAACUCGGCCUCUUCCACUACCUCAUCUGGGAAGAUGACCCAUCACGCCCUCAAGAACCCACAUCACAGCUCAUCGACGACGGCUUCCACGCGAUCGUUGCAGGGGCGGACACGACAGCAUCUGUGACGACGAGCACGUUUGCGCGCCUGCUUGCAGAUCCAGAGACGUAUCGCGUACGCGCCGCUGCAAGAGGAGGUCGAUCGGUUCUACCCCAGGCGGACUCGCAUCGCCACAAGGAGAUGCCGUACCUUAACGCCGUCAUAAACGAAAGGUUGCGCAUGUUCCUGCCUGUCCCCGGCGGCACACAGCAUAUGGGGCUUGCGGAUGGGCAGGGCUUCAUGUUCAGCUCGAUGUACAUCACCUCAGGCACAACCGUCUGGAUCCACACCUGGUCCACCACAACCCGCAACUCCCACCCGUACACGGUCGGCUUCUGUCCCGAUCGCUCGCCGCUCGCCGCGGCCCCCCACCCCGAGCCCGUGCGUGAGGCGAAGGUAGAGGCGGGUUUCAGGCGCGACGCGGGUGUGUUCGUGCCCUUCUCGCACCACAGGUCGAUGAACUGA